AUGGGCGCGACAUCCCGUGAAAGUCGCAAGGCGUUCGUCGACCAGAAGGACGCGGCGUUAGCAUUAGCUUUGUCAGUCGCUACAUCUUCAGAAGAGAAGGCGGAGGCUAAAGCUUCUAAAAUUCAACGCCCCACGUCAACUACAAAGCCAGCCAGGGAACGUAAGUCCGAGAGUGACAAGAAAAUUCGUAGCGGCGCCAGACUCGAUGCUGCGAAAGCUCGACUGCUUGACGAACGCAGAAAAAAAGCACGAGCACGCAAGAACGGAAAGUCAAGAGCGCAGAGUACUAGUAGUAUACCUACCAAAGAGAAGAUCGGCCUUGGAAACGUCGACAGACCUCACAAAAAGAGGGUUUCAUUCGCCUGA